AUGACUUUUGAAAGAAGAAUUUGCUCUUUAGGAAAAACACCCAUUGCAUCGUCUGACAAGGCGUCUGUGCAGAUUGUGCUUGCGGUGCUAGAUCAAUACGGGCAGGUUACUGGAGAGACUACGAUCUAUGACAUAGGUGGAACGGUGCGGAGGGCCGGGAUGGGAGAUGAGCUUCUGCUCGAAAAGAUAAGAAUGGAGGAAUAUGGAGCUUGA